AUGCCAUUGUUCGCCCAGCUGUUCGGCGUCGCGCUCCUCGUGCUCGGAGGCUUGCUCGCUGCCGACCUGAAUGUCCGACAGGUCAGGGAGUUCUUCGACGUCUUCGACAACUACGGCGCAGCCAGCAUCCUCACGCUCGUCGUCGGAUCCUGCCUGUUCUGCAUCGGCUUUCUGGGCUGCUGCGGCUCCUUCUUCAAGGAUUCGCUCCUGUUGAUCCCGUACAAUGUGCUCAUGUUACUCUUCAUCAUCCUCGAGCUGACGGUCAUGGGCCUCGUGUGGAAGCACGCCAACGGAGAACAGCUAGAAAACAACUUGUCAGAGGCCUUCGUAAAGCUGAUAGUCAAGUCUAAGAGCGGCCUGGCGGAAGUGGAGCGCUUUGUGGACAACAUUCAAUACCGUCUUCAGUGUUGCGGUGGCCUGGGGCCCAAGGACUACGAAGCACUUGAAAUGCCCCCCACCACAAGCUGCAAGUAUUAUGACUCCAAUGAGGAACAGGCAGCUGCCUACCAGCAAGGCUGUGGCAGAGCCAUCAGGAACUUUCUAAUGAGCAAGAGUCUGGCCAUUGGACUUGUAUGCCUGAUUGUACUUCUAAUUGAGGUUUUCAGUGUCGCAAGCGCCAUCUACCUCUUGGUCGAAAAGAAAAAAAAGAACCGUCCAAAGGUGACUCCAGUGUGACUAAUGGCCAAUUCGUCUGGACCUGCAUCACACCGGUGCAGUGCAGUUCGUGGUACGGGAAAGGCUAGAGGGGAGCUUCCUUCUCUCUCAGCCAGCCUUCUGUGUACUAAAGUGGAAAGAGUUUGCUGCACUGCGCGGAUGCGGUGUGCCCCAGACGAAUAGGGCAUAAAGAAGACCCGAUUGGAAGCAUGCAUGACAAGAUGCAACAUGAGAGGUCAGAGGAGCACACCACGACCAGCAGAAUGCCUACUGUUGCAUCUCCCUCAUCUGCCAAAACGUAGACGACCUCGAUGCACAGGCAAUAACGAGAUGUGCUUUUCACCCGAGGUCGUGCUCUAAGGAUGCCGAACGAAAUCUGCUAGUCUUGGCAGCUACGACUAUUUCUCAUCCAUCCUGUCUUUCAGCAACAAAGAUACAAACUGUACACUCAAUGUACACGUGCAGGUGUUCCAUUCAAACAUGCGUGCCCAUACAAUGGUCCCUUUAACCCAACUCGUCUGUAUAAGGAUGCACGUUGGUGUACCACAAAGUAUCCGCAGCAAACCGUAGUCUUCCAUUGCCUUUCUGCCUCACCACGUGGAACAAGCCGGCCUUCAGCAAUCAAUGCAUCCGUUGGUCCCUGCACACAAACAGACAGAACAGCAGAUUUUAUGAAGAGUACCACUUCCCAGCUAGAUAAUCUAUACAGCAUCAGUAAUUUCAGAGCGAUCAGAACUGUUCAGAGUUCUGCUCUGUUAACAAUGAAAGUAACCUCUAUUACUUUCUAUUUCCACAAAAAGUGGUAAAAUCUGAAGAGAAAAAAAUUUAGAAAACAACAAUACACUUUUUUUAUAUAUUAAAAAAUAUAUAUAUAUUG